UAUCCACGGUUCAUUAUUAGUAGAAGACAUUAAAGAGCAUGCUCAGACUUCACUCCUCUUUCAUACUCAAGAGAGCUGGUGGGAAAAAAUUAGAUACAGGAACUGUUCUUUACGCUGUGCCUUAAAACUGUACCGGCAGGAUGUUGACAUGGGUGAUCGAAGCACUGCACAGCUUGACAUCAGAGCCUGGGUCCUUUCAUAAUUAUAUCAUCUCUGCCUUUGUCCUCCUUGGUUUCAUCAUAAUAGUUACACAUUUUCUGCCAUUCCUGAAAUUUCUGAAACAAUACCAAGAGAAUAUCCAUCGUCUGAAGUGUUUUGAUGAGCCACCUCGCAAGAAUUGGUUUAUUGGACACCUAGGAAUGAUUCAACCAAAUGAGGAAGGCAUGCAGACGCUUACACAGCUGGUUUCCAAAUUUGAGUUUAUGAUGAAAGUCUGGAUUGGUCCCUCACUAGCAGCUCUCUCUAUGUUCCACCCUGACUGCAUUAAAUCUGUGAUGAUGGCUUCAGCUGCCAUUGCUCCAAAAGAUGAACUUUUCUAUGGGUUUUUAAAACCAUGGCUUGGUGAUGGCUUACUGCUUAGCAGUGGUGAAAAAUGGGGGCGACACAGGCGACUACUUACUCCAGCAUUCCAUUUUGACAUUCUGAAACCAUAUGUCAAAAUUUUCAACCAGUCUACAAAAGUCAUGCAUAACAAGUGGCAUCGACUGCUGUCAGAAGGAACCAACUCAGUGGAUAUGUUUGAACAUAUCAGCCUUAUGACUCUGGACAGCUUACUGAAGUGUACUUUCAGCCAUGAAAGCAAUUGCCAGGAGAAGCCAAGUGAGUAUAUUGCUGCCAUCUAUGAACUGAGUACUCUAGUAGUAAAAAGGGAGACUUUCCUUCCUCAUCUCAUAGAUAGUAUCUUCCAGUUAUCUCCUAGCGGAAGAAGAUUUAAGCAUGCUUGUGAUGUCGUGCACAAGUUCACUGCAAACGUAGUGCAGCAACGCCGUGAUUCAUUAAACCAACUGGGAGCAGAAGCUUGGCUAAAAUCUAAGAAAAGCAAAGUUGUGGAUUUUAUAGAUGUUGUUCUACUGUCUAAGGAUGAAGCGGGAAAUGGCCUUUCACUUGAAGAUAUUAAUGCAGAAGUAGACACUUUCAUGUUUGAGGGCCAUGAUACUACAGCCAGUGGUAUAUCAUGGAUAAUGUAUAACUUGGCCAGGCACCCAGAAUACCAGGAGAAGUGCAGAGAAGAGAUCAAAGACUUAAUGAAGGGAAGAGAUGAUGAUGAACUGGAAUGGGAUGAUCUCUCUCUGCUACCGUUUACUACACUGUGCAUAAAGGAGAGCUUGAGAUUACACCCUCCUGUCACUGUUGUGGCACGUCGCUGCACUGAAGAUGUCAAGCUUCCCGAUAACAGGGUCAUCCCAAAAGGGAUCAUCUGUUUUCUUAGUAUCUUUGGAACACACCAUAAUCCACUAGUCUGGCCUAACCCUGAGGUUUAUGAUCCCUAUCGUUUCAGUCCAGAACAUUCACAUGAGAGAUCUUCCCAUGCAUUUGUGCCAUUCUCUGCUGGACCCAGGAACUGCAUUGGGCAGAACUUUGCAAUGUCAGAAAUGAAGGUUGUGGUGGCUCUAACACUGCUGCACUUCAGGGUAAAGGUGGACGAGACAAAGGUGGUCCGGCGGAAGCCAGAGCUGAUCUUGCGUGCUGAGAAUGGGCUUUGGCUCAUAAUAGAGCCAUUAGAGUCUCCAUAAUAAAUCAGUGAAUAUCUGCUUCUGUUUUAGGGUGCCUACAGUCAGUUAUCACUGAAGUAAAGGCAUUAAUUCAGUUAUUUCCAGGUGCCUUGGCUUCCUCCUCCUCUUGAUUCUGUACAAUAUGUUUGUAGAUUGUUAUGGAUAUUUACAGUUUGUGUUGGAUCAUGUGCCUUUACAUUCAGACUACAUCAUUACCAGUCUAUUCCUUUCCACACAGUGAUGGGAGAGUGUGACAAAUGUUAAACGUUUUCAGUCUAUUCACCUACUUCAGAAAAAUUAACUCACAGUUAAUUAAUUACAGCCAAACUGAGUUUUCCUGUGUGUGUCUGAAGAUAACUCUAAAACUGUUCUACUCAAAAUUAAAAUUAAAUAUGAUUUCAUAAAUGUCUAGGAUUUGGAAAGGAAGCAAAUCAUUCUCCGAGGGUUGUGACAAGUUUUACCUGCCUCAUUCCUAUUCUAAUUACUGUCUUAGUUAAUAUUUGUCAUAAGUUGCUUGGCUGUGCUGUUAUCUAAAUAUAUAAAACUAUGAACUAUACAGCUUUUUUAAAAGUAGUGUUAAUAAAUGGGCCAUUUGGUUGGGUAAA